AUCCCUUGACCUCGAAACGCUGCCGCCUAAGAUGUGGUGGCGACGCGUACGCAUCGAGUAACUUCUAGAAGUUGGCUUUUGGAUUACGUGACGGCCUCGCGGCCUUCUGUUUGAUUUCAAUACAACGAGCGGGCAUUUGUUUGCCUGAGUAGACACGUCUUUCUCACCCCUCGCCUAUUACCCAUGAUUCUCUUCGAUUCAUUUCUCGCUUGAUGCGGUCCAUAUCUCGGUGCUUAUCCAUCUUGCCGCCGAGGAGCCCUGUUACCCUGAGAUGUGCCGUGUCAUAUAUAGGUGCUACCGGUAAUGUGCAUCGCGGCCCCCUCAAACUACUCUAUUUUAUCAUUCAGUCGUUGGGCGGGUUUUGCGCAUGAUUUUGCCCUAUACGCUCAGCGUUCAAGUACAAUCACUGCUACCUGGCCUUGUUUUUCAGUCUCUAUAACAAACCCGCCUAUCAAGAUUUUGAGCAGAGAUGCCCGAGGUUGACCCUCUCAUAUUUUCAUAUUCUCAUCUGGCCGAUUUCCCGCGUGCUGCUGAUGCAUUGCACACGCUCAAAAAGGUGGCCUCAUUAGUGAAGCCGCUUAUGCGUGCACGGGGAUGGAAAGUUGGCCAACUUACUGAAUUCUACCCGAACCAACCUAAUCUCCUAGGGCUCAAUGUAGACCGUGGGACCAGAAUUUGCCUACGCCUGCGAUAUCCCGGAGACCGGAGCCAAUUCCUACCUCUUGAGCAAGUCGCUGACACCAUGUUGCAUGAGCUUGCUCAUAAUGUACAUGGCCCCCAUGAUGCAAAAUUUCAUGCGCUAUGGAACCAGCUUCGCGACGAGCACUUGUCACUCACGCUGAAAGGCUAUACCGGUGAAGGUUUCUUGUCAGAGGGUCAUCGACUCGGUGGCGGGACUAUUCCCAUGGACGAAGCUCGAAGGUUGGCCCGUAUUGCUGCUGAAAAGCGGCGCACACUGGGUUCCGGCUCGGGUCAACGCCUCGGUGGUGCUGCCCCUCAGCCUGGACAAGAUAUUCGAAAGGUUAUUGGCGACGCAGUCGAACGCCGUAACCGGACAUUGCGAGGAUGCGCGAAUGACAACCAAACGCAAGAUGAAAUUGUCGAGAUUGCAAAUACAGCGACGAGAAAUGGAUUUAAAACACAAGCUGAUGAAGAUGCCGCAAAUGAUGCAGCGAUAGCACAGGCAUUGUGGGAGAUAGUACAAGAGGAAGAAACGGCCAAGAAAGGGAGCGCCUAUAUGCCCCUCGGUGCUGCCGCCAAUACACAUAGUGGAUCUGAUCGUGUUACUGCAAGAGAAAGCCAUCAAGGUUUGAGAGUAACUGCGCAGUCACCAACAACUCAACGGAGCCUCCAAGAUGAGGGAGCCAGGGCCACGUGGACUUGCGGCAUAUGCACCUUGAACAAUCCAGCAAACUAUCUGUGCUGCGACGUUUGUGGCACGGAGAGAACUGAGCGGCCUACAAUGCACCAGCGAAGAGUAAUCGACCUCACUGGGUCGGACAGAAGAGACACCAAUAGACAGGUGCGGCCCCCGUCGGAAGAUGCAAUCAAGAGGACCAAAGAGUCGCGGCCACAGACCGCCUCUCAGCUCGCACCUUUAGCAUCGCCGCCGUGGACAUGCCAUUUCUGUGGCAGGGUCCGAGAGAGCCAAUGGUGGUCCUGUGAUCUCUGUGGCACUAUCAAGCUCUCGUCCAACUAGUGCUAUCGCACAGGAGCCUCAGCACGUGCUACCAUGCACCGCGAUUAAUGCGACGCUGAACGGCUAUUGAUUCAACUCACAUGUACAAGCUACGGCAUUCGAAAGGACUACACCCGGGUAGUCUAGAAUUAGCCCAUGGGUCUGCCCGUGACAAGCUGGGGGCAACCCCCAAAUGACUCAGCUCAACCGGUUGGCAAUAGGGUGUAUGCGACAUGAUGUCAGAAUGUCACCAUGGGCUCACUAUACUGCGCUAGAGUAGAUAGUUUCU